GUCCGUCCGGCGUCCAUGCACCGUGUCCACGGAGCCCCACCGUGGCGCCAGACUGGCACAACUGCCAGUACAGACACAAGAGUGGAGAGAGUGCUUUCACUGGACUGCAAAGCUCGCUACUGCCUGCCUGCCGCCACUCCUCGAACCCCUCGCCCCGUGCCGUGCCCCUCCUCCCAAUGGCCGCCGCCGCCUCCUCCUCCGCCCCAUCCCCAUCCCAACCCUAGCGCCGCGUCCCACCUCCACCAGCAGCUCGCUCGGCUCCAGAAUCAGAUCCCGCGCCACACCACACCGCACCACAUGGCGGCGGCGGACGCGGCGCAGCAGGGCCCGCGCGGCCACCGGAGGCGCGGCGGGGGCGGGGGCGCAACGCGCGUGCGCCCGCGCGCCUGGUGCUGCUCCUUCGGCGGCGCGCCCGACAGCCCCGACCUGCGCCCGCUCCCGUCCUCGGCCGCGUCCCCGGCGCCGGCGGCGGCGGCGGCGGGGACGGGGGCGGGGAGGAAGCUGCCGCCCAAGUCGCCGUCGUCGGCGGCGGCGUCAUUCUACGGCUCGCCGACCUCGUCCAGGCUGGCGGGGCUCGGCGGCCUCAUCGACCCGCGCCGCAUCCUCUCGCCCGGCCGCGUCUCCCCCAUCGACCCCGACGCCGGCGCGUUCCCGCCACCGCCACUCCAGCUCCCGCUCCCUCCUCCUCCUGUUCCGCCGGCUUCCUCCGUUGAGGAUUCGGCAGUUCUGCACCCCGUGGAGCAGCCGGCGGCGGUGCUGCUGGCGUCGGCGGCAUUGCCAUCGGCCACGGUGGCGCCGGCGCCGCCGCCGGUGGUGGCCGUGCGGGCGGAAGCGGACGCGGCGGGUGGCGUGCUGGAUCUGAGGCUCUUCCUGCGGGGGAGGGACGGGAGGUGCGUCCUCAUGGAGCUCGACUCCAGGGUGCUGUGCGGCUGCAGCGACUUCUUCGCCGCCAUGGCCCCGCGCGAGGACGCUGCUGCUGGCGCCGGCGCUGGAGGGAAGAGGAUCGAGGUGGACGGGGUGGAGAAUUUGGAUGCUUUCAGGGCCGCGGUCGAGCUCAUGUACGACCCUCAUCCAGUGCGGUGUCUUGCGGCUGCCGGCGUGUCGAGGGCCAUAGAUGUGCUUGAGGUAUGUUCCUCUAUCAUGUUCAACAAGGGAAUCAAAUCAUGUUUGACAUACAUAGAAGCUGUUCCCUGGAAUGAGAAUGAGGAGGAGAAGCUGAAGAAUCUCUUUGCAAGAUUCACUUUUGAUGAAGCAAUAUCCCAGGAUAUACUGGCUAGAUUGAGGCCACACAACUGGAAUAGCUCAGAUGACCUCACUGUACAGCUUAUUCAAUCUGUCACUAGCAGCACCAGUACUGCAGCCAGAAAAGACAUGCAAUCUUUGGUAAAUGGUCUUCUAAGCAAAAGUUCAGUCUAUCAAAAGGACUCGUCAGGGCUAAACAAGGAGAGCCUGUACCAGAUCUGUUAUUCAUGUCUGGAGUCACUGGUUGAUCUCUUUGAAGAGGCCAGAGAACCAACAGAUUAUACAGGUCAGGCUGUGGCAGUUAGGGGGAGUAAACCACUGAUUGAGCGAGUCUCUAGGCAAGCAGAGAACCUCAAUUGGCUCUUGGAGAUUCUAGUAAACAAUGACAUUGCAGAAGAAUUUGUAGAACUGUGGGCGAAGCAAGACAUGCUCAUUAGGAUGCACGAGCAAGCAUCAGCGAUGGUCAGGUAUGAGCUAAGCCGAAUAUCAGCUGGUGUGUUCAUUGCACUUGGUAAAGGAAAAGUGCAGUGUCGUGGUGACGUGCGAAGCCUCCUCUUUCGUGGGUGGUUCAGCACAAUGCUGUUGGAUUUUGGCUGGCUUCAGCGCUGCCCCAAAGGUCUAGACCUAAGAUCCCUGGAGGAGAAUUUAGGGCGGGGCCUUUUAACCCUCCCUCUCAGGCAGCAGCAAUGUUUGUUCGAGGAAUGGUUCCAGUUCUACGCGACCAAAGGAGCUGAAUGUCCAAACCUUAUUAGAGCAUUCCAGGUAUGGUGGAGAAGGUCUUUCAUUAGAUCAUUGGUAGAACCUCAGAGCUAAGGUUUUUCUUGAUGUACUAGUAUGUGUUGUGUGUAUGAUUUGUAAAAUUGGAACUGUUGUGAUGACCCGUAGAGUUAAAUGGUUUUUCUUUUGUAGUUUAGCUCUUCCCAUUGUAUGUGAAUAGCUGGGUGAAUUUGUUUGAGGAUAGCUGUGAUGUGUGGUUUAUCGGAGAUGCCAUGGUUCUUAAAUUAAUAUAUGUAACUCCAUCCGGUCUUAUGUCGAACAUUUGUAUUAACUUUUUGUAGCAUGACAGUCAGUUGUGUCU